AAGCGUGACAGAGAAGGGGACCAGGGAAGAAAGAAGUCCUUACCGAACCUGCCUCGGCUCUGGGGACGGUUGAGAGAACAUGCAAGUUGACAUUUGAAUAGAUCUCUAAUUACUUUUUUAAGGAGAUUAUGGAGCUCGAUUAAAAAAUAUAUACAUAUAGUUUUCUCUUCAUAUAAGCAAUCCGUUCAUUGCACCAACCUACGUCCCAUACGUCCCAGGAUUAUAUUACCGCGUGGUGCUCUUCAGAAGACUGCUCUCUUUUUCUUGUUUACUUGGGGGUUGGUCUUUGUUAUUUUAAAGUGGAUUUUUACAUUAAAAACUGCAAACGUGGUUGAGCGAAGUGGUUAGAAGGCAAGGAGAGAAAUGCUUACGACGGAGAAGUGGAGAUACAGUGUUAGGUUUUGAUCAUCCAAGAGUGGGAAGUGUCUUCUUGUGGGGACCGAGGGGGAGCUGUGCCAACCUGGAACAUGGUGCCUAACAUCCAGCCUCCUGUGCCCCUCCAGCACAGAGGGGCAGCACCAGUCAUGCUGCUUCUGCUCUGCUGUAUGGUGGUCUGCUCCCAUGCAGACAGCACGCCGAGUUUCGUCAAAACCCCUGAGGACCAGACGGGCAUCUCGGGCGGAGUGGCGUCGUUUGUGUGCCAGGCGACGGGAGAGCCCAAGCCCAGGAUCACCUGGAUGAAGAAGGGGAAGAAAGUCAGCUCCCAGCGCUUUGAGGUGAUCGACUUCGAUGACAGCUCUGGCUCGGUGCUGCGGAUCCAGCCACUGCGCACCCACCGGGACGAGGCUAUCUACGAGUGCACCGCCACCAAUAGCGCCGGGGAGAUCAACACCAGCGCCAAACUCACCGUGCUAGAAGAGAACCAGAUCCCUCAUGGUUUCCCUACCAUAGACAUGGGUCCUCAGCUGAGGGUGGUGGAGAAGACUCGUACAGCCACCAUGCUGUGUGCGGCCAGCGGCAACCCUGACCCUGAGAUCUCCUGGUUCAAAGACUUCCUGCCUGUGGAUAUAAACAGCAGCAAUGGACGCAUCAAGCAGCUUCGCUCAGGGGCACUGCAGAUUGAGAACAGUGAAGAGAUGGACCAGGGGAAGUACGAGUGUGUUGCCAUGAACAGUGCCGGUACUCGCUACUCCGCACCUGCCAAUCUCUACGUUCGAGUGCGCCGUGUCCCCCCGCGCUUCUCCAUCCCCCCCACCAACCACGAGGUGAUGCCAGGCGGCAGCGUCAACCUGACCUGCGUGGCAGUGGGCUCCCCCAUGCCCUACGUCAAGUGGAUGAUGGGCCAGGUGGAGCUGACCAAGGAGGAGGAGAUGCCCGUGGGACGAAACGUGUUGGAGGUCACCAAAAUCCGAGAGUCAGCCAACUACACCUGUGUGGCCAUAUCCUCCCUGGGAAUGAUCGAGGCCACCGCACAGGUCACAGUCAAAGCCCUGCCCAAGCCCCCCGCCUCGCUCAUCGUCACGGAGACCACCGCCACCAGCGUGACGCUGACGUGGGACUCGGGGAACCCGGAACCCGUGUCCUAUUACAUGAUCCAGUACCGAGCAAAGGUGUCCGACACCGGCUUCCAGGAAGUAGACGGCGUGGCCACCACGCGCUACAGCAUCGGCGGCCUCAGCCCCUACUCCGAGUACGAGUUCCGCGUCAUGGCCGUCAACAACAUAGGCCGCGGGCCGCCCAGUGACCCCGUGGAGACUCGCACGGGCGAGCAGGCCCCCUCCUCGCCCCCCCUGGCCGUGCAGGCCCGCAUGCUGAGCGCCAGCACCAUGCUGGUGCAGUGGGAGCCGCCCGAGGAGCCCAACGGGCAGAUCCGGGGGUACCGGGUGUACUACACCUCGGACAUGGACGCCCCCCUCAGCGCCUGGCAGAAGCACAACACGGACGACAGCAGGCUGACCACCAUCUCCAGCCUGACCACGGACAUCACCUACAGCCUGCGCGUCCUGGGCUUCACCUCGGUGGGGGACGGGCCCCCCUCCGACGUGUUGCAGGUCAAGACCCAGCAGGGAGUUCCUGCCCAGCCGUCCAGCUUCGAGGCAGAGGCCGAGCUGGACACACGCAUCAUGCUCACGUGGCUGUGGCCGGUCCAGGACUCCAUCACCAAGUAUGAGCUGCAGUACUGGGAGGCUGACUCUGCCAACAAGAUCCACGUGACCUUCAACCCAGAUGGCAAAUAUGCGGUGGAGGGCUUGAAGCCUGACACGCUGUACCGCUUCUCCCUGGCAGCCCGCUCUGAGAUGGGCCUGGGGGUCUACACCCAGCCCAUAGAGGCCCGCACAGCCCAGUCCACGCCCUCCGCCCCCCCUCAGGAGGUGCAGCUGUUCAGUCUCAGCUCCACCAGCCUCAAGGUGAGUUGGGUGGCCCCGCCCCCUGCCCGUCGCCACGGCGCCAUCGUGCGCUACACUGUCAGCUACCAGGCCACGGACGGCGAGGACCCCGAGCGCCACCAGGUGUCUGGCAUCGGCGCAGAAGCCUCCAGCUACGUGCUGGAGGGCCUGGAGAAGUGGACAGAGUAUCAGGUGUGGGUGAGGGCCCACACAGACGUGGGCCCUGGGCCCGAGAGCGCCCCAGUACGGAUCAAAACCAAAGAGGAUGUGCCGGGAGCUCCCCCCAGGAAGCUGGAGGUGGAGGCCGUAAACUCCACGGCCAUCCGGGUCGCCUGGAAGCCGCCUCUUCCAGGGAAGCAGCACGGCCAGAUCAGAGGCUACCAGGUCAUCUACUCGCGGCUGGAGAACGGCGAGCCUCGCGGCCAGCCCAACAUCCUGGACGUGGCACUGCCAGAGGCCCAGUGGGAUAUUGACGAGUCCACAGAGCAUGAGUCUUUCAUCACAGGGCUCCACGCCGAGACCACCUACUCGGUUACCGUGGCAGCCUACACCACCAAAGGCGAUGGUGCUCGCAGCAAAGCCAAAGUGGUCACCACCACGGGAGCAGUACCAGGCAAGCCCACCAUGAUGAUCAGCACCACCAACUGGAACACGGCCCUGAUCCAGUGGCAGCCCCCUAAGGAGAUGGUGGGGGAGCUGAUGGGCUACCAGCUGCAGUACAAGCGCGUGGAGGAGGAGGCCUACACGUCCCGCGAGUUCAAGAAGACGGACGCCCACCACACGGCCACCGGCCUGCACAAGGGCGCCACCUACGUGUUCCGCCUGCGCGCGCGCAACCGGGCGGGCACGGGCGAGCCCUACGUGAAGGAGAUCAGCACGCAGGAGGACGUGCCCAGCGGCUUCCCCGUCAACCUGCGCGUGACGGGCCUCACCACCUCCAGCACCCAGCUGGCCUGGGAGCCGCCGGCACUGGCCGAGAGGAACGGCAGGAUCGUCCAGUACGUGGUGGUGUACCGCGACAUCAACAGCCAGCAGAACGCCACCAACCACACGGUGGACACGCGCAUGACCAUCCAGGGCCUGAAGCCCGACACCACCUAUGACAUCCGGGUGCAGGCCUUCACCAGCCAGGGGCCGGGGCCCAUCAGCCCCAGCAUCCAGAGCAGGACCAUGUCCACCUCUCCAGCCUUCGCCACAAGCUUUGGGGUCAAAGCCGUCAUGAAGACGUCCGUCCUGCUUACGUGGGAAGUGCCAGAAAACUACAAGUCCCAAGUGCCUUUCAAGAUCCUGUACAACCAGCAGAGUGUGGAGGUGCAGGGGAACCUGAAGAGGAAGCUGAUCACCCGGCUGCAGCCCGACACGGAGUACUCCUUCGUGCUGAUGAGCCGGGGGAACAGCGCCGGCGGGCUGCAGCAGCAGGUGUCCAUCCGCACGGCCCCGGACCUGCUCCGCACCAAGCCCAUCCUCUACAGCCACCAGCAGGCUCAGGGAGGGAAGCUCACCAUCGACCUGCCCAAGGUCCAGACCAGCGCUAAAGUCAGGUGGUAUUACAUUGUGGUGGUGCCAGUGUCCUCGUCGUCACGGAAAUGGGAGAACCCAGAUGAGAUGGAUUUAGAUGAGCUGUUGGAGUCAGGCGAGGGCCCCAUCCUGAGGCGAAGACGCCAGGCAGACUCUCCCAGACCCUACAUCGCUGCCAAGCUGGCCUCCCUCCCCGCCACCUUCACCCUGGGGGACGAGAAGAGGUACAACGGCUUCUACAACAUGCCCCUGCCGGGCCAGCAGCAGCACCUGUGCUUCGUGCUGGCAGCCCUCAUGGAGCAGGACGAGGACAGCAGCGACAAACACAGGACCUUCUCAGCCAGCCCCUACUCGGACCCCAUCCAGGUGACCCCAGGUGUGGCCCGCAGCGUGGAGCAGCCCGAGAUGCUGUGGGUGAUGGGGCCGGUGCUGGCCGUGGUGCUCAUCAUCAUCAUCGUCAUCGCCAUCCUGCUCUUCAAGAGGAAGCGGGCGUCCCCUCUCCCCAAGGAUGAGCACUCAGGAGGGGUGAAGGACUCCCUGCUGGCCAGCUCCUCCGACCCUGUGGAGAUGAGGAGGCUCAACUACCAGACCCCAGGUCCCAGCUCUCACCGCUGCCCCAACACUCCAAGAAUGAGAGAGCAUCCUCCCAUCUCUGUCAAUGACCUGGCCGACCACAUCGAGCGCCUCAAGGCCAACGACGGCCUCCGUUUCUCCCAGGAGUACGAGUCCAUCGAUCCUGGCCAGCAGUUCACCUGGGAGAAUUCCAACAUGGAGGUCAACAAGCCAAAGAAUCGCUACGCUAACGUCAUCGCCUACGACCACUCCAGGGUGGUGCUCACCUCUGUUGAUGCCGUCCCCGGGAGCGACUACAUCAACGCCAACUACAUCGACGGCUACAGGAAGCAGAACGCCUACAUCGCCACGCAGGGCCCCCUGGCCGAGACGCUCAGCGACUUCUGGAGGAUGGUGUGGGAGCAGCGCGCCAACACCAUUGUCAUGAUGACCCGGCUGGAGGAGAAGUCCAGGGUGAAGUGUGACCAGUAUUGGCCCGUCAGAGGGACGGAGACCUACGGCAUGAUCCAGGUCACCAUGCUGGACUCUGUGGAGCUGGCCACGUACAGUGUGCGCACCUUCGCCCUGUACAAGAACGGCUCCAGCGAGAAGAGAGAGGUGAGGCAGUUCCAGUUCAUGGCCUGGCCCGACCACGGGGUGCCCGAGUACCCCACCCCCAUCCUGGCCUUCCUGCGCAGGGUCAAGGCCUGCAACCCCGCAGACGCCGGGCCCAUGGUGGUGCACUGCAGUGCGGGCGUGGGCCGGACCGGCUGCCUCAUCGUGAUCGAGGCCAUGCUGGAGCGCAUGAAGCACGAGAAGUCGGUGGACCUGUACGGCCACGUGACGUGCAUGCGCGCCCAGAGGAACUACAUGGUGCAGACGGAGGACCAGUACAUCUUCAUCCACGAGGCGCUGCUGGAGGCGGCCACCUGCGGCAACACGGAGGUGCCGGCGCGCAACCUGUACGCCCACAUCCAGAAGCUCACCCAGCCGCCGCCCGGAGACACCGUCACCUCCAUGGAGCUGGAGUUCAAGAGAUUGGCAAACUCGAAAGCCCACACGUCUCGCUUCAUCAGCGCCAACCUGCCCUGCAACAAGUUCAAGAACCGUCUGGUCAACAUCAUGCCCUUCGAGUCGACCCGUGUGUGCCUGCAGCCUAUCAGAGGAGUCGAGGGCUCUGAUUACAUCAACGCCUCCUGCAUCGACGGCUACAGACAGCAGAAGGCCUACCUGGCCACCCAGGGCCCCCUGGCUGAGACCACAGAGGACUUCUGGAGGAUGCUGUGGGAACACAACUCUACUAUUGUAGUCAUGCUGACCAAACUGAGAGAGAUGGGACGGGAGAAGUGUCACCAGUACUGGCCUGCUGAGCGCUCAGCCCGGUACCAGUACUUUGUGGUGGACCCCAUGGCUGAGUACAACAUGCCCCAGUACAUCCUACGAGAGUUCAAAGUCACAGACGCCAGGGAUGGUCAAUCCCGGACAAUUCGCCAAUUCCAGUUUACUGAUUGGCCGGAGCAAGGAGUGCCAAAGACAGGAGAGGGCUUCAUUGACUUCAUUGGUCAAGUGCACAAAACCAAGGAGCAGUUUGGACAGGACGGACCAAUCACUGUACACUGCAGUGCCGGAGUGGGCAGGACAGGCGUGUUCAUCACGCUGAGCAUCGUGCUGGAGAGGAUGAGGUACGAGGGCGUGGUCGACUUGUUCCAGACCGUCAAGACGUUGCGCACCCAGCGACCUGCCAUGGUGCAGACAGAGGACCAGUACCAGCUGUGCUACCGGGCAGCACUGGAGUACUUGGGCAGCUUUGACCACUAUGCAACGUAACCACGCCCUCCAUCACCCAUCCACCCUGCUGAGCUAGCCUCCCUUCCUGGUCAGAUCCAUCCGGAGUGUGCCAAGUGUCCCAUCUCAGCCACCAUCCCCCUGUUCCUGUCCCCAGAGCCACCAGAGGGGGGAGGAGGUUCUACUAAUCACAGAGAUUCACAUCGAUGGAUUAACAAACCCAGAGAUUGCUUUAAAAACGAAACAAUACCAGACUAUGACAACUCUUGUAUGGAAGAGAUGACAGUUCUUGUUCUGUAUAUGCCAACUUGCCCCUAAUGUCAAAGGCUACUGGUAGCACUAAGAGAAGAUUUUUUUUUCUAUCGUUUUAUUAUCAUGAUUAUCAAAUGAAAAUGUUAUUAUUUAGUGUAUUUCUUUGUAAUAAUCAUAUAACAUCAGACAUUUCUUUUGUCUUACUGGCCUAGCUAUGGGCAUAUUUUUUCAUAAUGGUACGACUUUUUAUUUUAUUUUUUAUUUUAGGUUAUUUUAGCACAAGGGACAUGUCUUUUGAAUAUGUUCCUAGAUACUAAUACUGGAGAAUCACCAUUCUCCGAGCUGCUGUCAGGUUCCUAUUUGUAUCCAAAUUUUUGGGUUUUAUUCUCAUGUAUUUUGGUCUUAUUCAGUUCAAUGGAAUGGGGUUCUCUUUGCUAUAAAGUGUAUCAACGGAUGUUUCUUAUCAAAACUGUCGUAAAAAAAAAAAAAGGUACAAAAUGUCAAAAAAGAUUGCCCACUGUAGUUGUACUAUAUACACGCAGUAACUAGCGAAAAGUUUAAUUGAUUAACGUCAAAGUAAAUCAUGGUGUACAGAAGUGGAAGAGAGCACAUACAGUAUGGUACUGAGGCCUUUCUACUCCAGCCAGAGGACGAGUGAGCGGACUGCAGACUUUUAUACCUGAAUCAGUUGGAAACGCAACCUUUGAAUUUUGAUUCCCCCGUAAGCCCCUCUCCUAUCCUGGCUGUCCUCGGCGUGUCAGUCUGCAGGGGUCCCGACACAAAGACUACGCAGACCAGGAGCAGCUGACACGACGGAGGGUGGAGUAACAGCCAUGAACACUGGCACGCCUGUACAGAAUCAACCAUUCCUACCAGAGGGACAGAGACACGGCCCUUUGGACACAACCUGCUUUUAUUUUAUACAGAAAUACAAUUAUAAAUAUAUAUAUAUAAUUAUGAUUGAUUAUAUAUAUGUACAAUUAUACAUAGAUAUAUACUACACAGUUAUAUUGUUGAACAAUUCACUCUUCUCUCGACAUAUCAACCGAGAGCCCUCUGUUCUAGAGUGUGUCUCCAUGGAACACCGUUGUAUUCCACUGUAACCAUAGUGAACUUGACAGCAGCCGGUUAUAACUUGUGUAGGAGGUGGGCCGACAGCACAAUCCGACCAGAGGACGACUCCCCUGCGCCAGCCAUCACACCACUGAAGCACAUCUUUCCCCACAGGCGUUAAGGGGGGGAGAAAUGUCAGGGACACAACAUGCUGGCAAGAAAAAAAACACAAACAAAACGUUCAUUUUUACCUUGUGAAUGCUUAGUGCUGUAGGGGUUCAACCUGUUGUAUACACAGUCUGUUUUCUAUUUGUUGAUAAAGAACUGGAAUUUAAAAAAAAGAUGUUGCUGGAAAAAAAAAAACUCAUCAAUGUUAAUAAAGUUGAAUAAUUGGG